CAAAGAUGGUGCCUUUUCAAUCUGCCUUAUGUGCAGUGAAGGGGAAACAGAUCGCAUGGUGCAAUGUGAUUCUUGUGAUAAAUGGUAUCACUACGAUUGCGUCGGAGUUGAUGAUGGAGUGGCUGAUGUCAGUUGGAGUUGCGAAUUUUGCACAAAUCCACGAUCAAAUCCAAUCACUACUAGCGCCUAUGCUGCUUCGACCGAACCGCUCAGUGGCCUCAUGUCAAGUUUCACAAUCCAUCCACAAACAUCUUCAUCGCCCUCGACAUCACACCUAGUGACGACAGCAAACGCGCAGCCAAAUACGACCACAGGAAUACAGGUGAGCUCAUCGAGUGUUCAAUAUACAAACUUCCCGUCAUACUUGCCACUCCGGCCAGUUCCUAUGGUCACAAGGCAAUCGCAUUUGAUUCCAGAACAACACCUACCGAUAUCAUAUGUACCAAGUGGUACCACAGCAUUAUUUACUGAUGCACGAAUGAGUUCCCCAAUUAAUUUCACACGUACAAGUAUGUAUACACCUACGAUGAUUACAUGGGCAACAAAUCUCCAUGUUUCUGAAGCGCAACAACAUCUGCCAGCAACAUCGUCAUCGCAACAUGAAUUUUUGCGAAUGACAGCUGAACCAGCAACAUUUUCACAACAUGCUUCUCAGCGAGUGACAGCUAUCCCAGCAACAUUGCCAAAAGUUGUUGACGUUUCGCUACAGCAAAAAGAAUUGCAAAUGGAGAUGCUAGAGGAAGAAAAAAAGUUACACCAGCGGUAUUUAGAAAGAAAAUAUCAAAUAUUAUCCAGUUCGGAUGGAUGUUCUGCAGCUCCACAACAAAAUAACUUCCAUUUCAACUCAUCCGCGAUUGGAACAUCUCUCGGCCUUGGUCCAUCUCCCGCUCAAAUAGCUGCGCGACAAGUGCUCCCGAAACAAUUACCAAUAUUCAGCGGCGACCCUGAGGAGUGGCCCCUGUUUUUGAGCAGCUUCAAUAACAGCACAGCAUUAGCAGGAUACAGCGAUGCCGAAAAUUUAAUGCGCCUGCAAGCAAGUUUGAAAGGUAAGGCACGUGAAAUUGUUCGCAAUAAGCUCCUUCUGCCCAGCUUAGUUCCAGAGAUAAUACAAACUCUUAAGAUGUGUUUUGGUCGACCGGAAUACAUCAUCGAAAACAUGAUUGACAGAGCAAGGAAACUUCCACCACCAAAAGACAAGUUGGAGAACAUUAUUGAGUUCGCAUUGUCAGUGAGCAACAUUUGUUCUACAAUGGAAGCUUGUCAGAUGUCCGCACAUCUUAACAAUCCGAUGCUGGUCAAGGAGUUUGUCGAUAAGUUGCCAAGUCAAUAUAAGCUGAGUUGGGCUAUGCAGCAAAAAGAAGAGCGAGUUCCUAUAGUGAAAACAUUUAGCACCUGGCUGCAUAAUAUUGCUGAAGCCGCUAGUCAAGUCGUUUCACCAUUCUCAUCGAAAAAGAGCGGCGUGAUGAACACCCACACUGAGGUCAAGCAACCAUCAGUCCAUAAAACAGCUUGUAUUGCUUGCAACUGUGCCGAUCACAAGAUUUCCAACUGUGGAGCGUUCAAGAAGAUGACCUAUAACAAAAAAUGGGAAAUGGUGAAAGCCAACAAGUUGUGUCGCCAGUGUCUUAAUUCACAUCGCCGAAGGUGUAACCUCAACAGUGAAUGUGGAGUUGAAAGCUGCAAGGCGAAGCAUCACCCACUGCUACAUAAGCCCACCGCUCUUGUAAGUCAUGUAAGGAACCAAGUAAGUGAAAACAAUUUGUAUACGAAUCCGAGUGUAGCUUUAAAUGUAAAUACUCACAGCGAUGCUGACGAGGGGGAGAAACCCUACUUUCGUAUCAUUCCGGUUCGCCUUCAUUCAAAAAAUAUUUUUAUAGACACAUUUGCCUUUCUAGAUGAGGGUUCAUCAGUGACACUGAUUGAAAGAAGCAUUUUUGAAACUCUAGGCCUUUCUGGUGUUAGUGAGCCUUUAUGUUUACGCUGGACUGGCGACACAACUCGAGUUGAAGAAAAUUCAAUUCGAACCUCCAUCGAGAUUUCAAAUAAGACGAGCAAAGCCAAACAUACUAUGCAUGGUGUUCAUACCGUGGAAAAGCUUUCCCUUCCGAUGCAAUCGUUGGACAUGGAUGCAAUCACACAAGGUUACCCUUACUUGGCUGACUUACCAAUUCAGUCAUACCAGGAUGCUCGCCCCACAAUUCUCAUCGGAGUAGACAACUGGAAGUUGGCAGUGCCUCUCAAGGUUCGUGAAGGUUCCUGGAACCAACCAAUCGCCACUAAAACCCGAUUAGGAUGGACUUUACAAGGAUGUGUACCCAAUCGUCAACAAGUCUGCUGCCUCAACAUACAUGCAUGUAACUGUGACCGACAUUCUGAUGAUCUUCAUGAAGCAAUGAAAGCCUUUUUCAAAUUGGAAUCAUCGUCAACCACUAUAUGUUCACAUGAAGACAAAAGAGUCCUGCAGAUAUUGGAAUCAACUUGUAAGUCACUGGAUAACCAGUACGAGAUUGGAUUGCCUUGGCGCCACGAUAAUCAAAAGAUGCCUGAUAGCUAUAAAACCGCAUUCAACCGACUUAUGUGCCUCCAGAAAAAAUUCAAACGCGAAGCCAACCUGAAGGAUAAAAUGCAAGCCGAAAUAGACAAUCUUUUGAUUAAGGGCUAUGCAAGUAAGCUUAAUGUGGUAAAAGUAGCGACAAGCAACAAUCCUGUAUGGUAUUUACCAAUUUUUGUCACCCAAAACCCGAAUAAGCCGAAUAGAGUUCGUCUUGUUUGGGAUGCUGCAGCAAAAUCCAACGGACGUUCGCUUAAUGACUUCCUUCUUACUGGACCCGACCUUUUAACAUCACUGGUGGAGGUUUUAUUAGCCUUCAGGAUUGGCCAGGUGGCUAUCUGUGGUGACAUUGCUGAGAUGUUUCACCAGAUCAAGGUGAGGGAGCAGGACAUGCACGCACAACGAUUCUUAUGGUGGGAAAAGGAGGACCCAUUAGAUCAGCCUAGCUGUUACGUCAUGAGUGCCUUAACAUUCGGGAUGAAUUGCGCUCCCUGCAUAGCGCAUUACAUUCGCAACAAAAACGCCGACCAGUUUCAACAACUUCACCCUCGAGCAGUGGAAGCCAUCAAAAACUACCACUACGUAGAUGACUUCAUCGAUAGCGUGGACACUGAGGAGGAAGCCCUGUGCUUGGCAAAUGAUGUUAAGACAAUUCACUUGUCUGCUGGCUUCAAUAUCCGCAAUUGGGCGUCCAACUCUUCUUGGGUAGUUCAUCAGCUGACCAGCAACGGCUCUCCUGUACAAGCUCAUAAGACUUUAGGGUCCACUGAGAAAGUCCUUGGUAUGUACUGGGAUCCUAAUAACGAUGUCUUUAAAUAUAUUUUUAGAUUCGUUCGACUGAAGCGUGAUGUGUUGGAUGAGCAUGUAAGACCGACAAAACGAGAGACCUUGCAAGUUCUCAUGUCCAUAUUCGACCCUCUUGGUUUCGUUACCUGCUUUACCAUUGGGUUGAAAAUCCUUCUCCAAGAAGUCUGGCGUUCCGGUAUUGAUUGGGAUGGUGAGCUUUCUGAAGAUCUGUACUCCAAGUGGCUUCAAUGGAAAUCUUUGAUACCAUCAAUAAAAGCUAUUGAAAUUCCCCGCUGCUACAGUCGACUGCUGGUCAAUUCCGAGAAUGUCCAAAUACACACGUUUGUGGAUGCUGGAGAACACGCUUACGCAGCAGUAUGUUACUUGCGUGUGCAACGUGGAAACGAAGUCUCCGUCGCCCUAGUAGCUUCAAAAUCAAAAGUCGCCCCGCUUAAACCAGUCUCAAUUCCGAGACUUGAGCUCCAAGCAGCUGUUUUAGGCAUAAGACUGUCUAUUAAGGUGCAAGCAGUCCGUCGUCUACCUAUUACUUCCAGAUUUUGGUGGUCAGACUCAAAAACGGUUUUGAAGUGGCUGCGAAUGGACCCCAGGAAAUUUCAACAGUUUGUUAUGUUCCGUGUGGGCGAGAUACUGGAGCAUUCGAACGCCAAGGAGUGGAAAUGGGUGCCCUCAAAACUGAACACAGCCGACCUGGCCACAAAAGUAUCGUCGCAGAUAAAUAGCGAAUUGUGGUUCACUGGACCGAAGUUUUUGGCCUAUGGAGUUGAAGAUUGGCCAACAUGUGAUGACCUUGGACCCGCCGAUACAACAGAAGUUAGACAUCAUUUGCUUCACGCUACAGCUUUAAAUGUACGAACUUCAGUUUCAAUAAGCAUGAACGUGGAAUACUUUUCUGAUUGGAGACGACUAUACCGUGCGUUGGCUACGUUCAAGCUAUACAUCGAAAAGCUAAAAGCUGUUGUCCGAAAUAAACCCAUUCCAAGCCAAGUGUCUUAUGAAAUCCUUCAAGACGCUAAGGUACAACUCUACAAAUGCGCACAGAUGAGUGUAUUCAGCCAGGACAUAUCGAACUUAGAACGGGAUGGUUCUGGCAUUCUAAGGAUACGGAGUAGAGCUGAGAAUCUUAAUAAUCAACCAGAUGCUAUCGUCUUACCAAAGAAUCAUCACGUGACGUUCCUGAUUGUUCGUUCCUGGCAUGAGAACCACCACCACGUAUCACACGAAACGACCAUUAACAAAAUCAGAGGGAUGUUUUACAUUCCACGACUGCGUGUACUAUACAAAUCCGUGCGGAAGAAGUGCCAAAGGUGCAAAAAUUACUAUGCUAUGCCUGCAGUUCCACAGAUGGCCACCUUACCAGCUGCAAGGUUAGCAGUGUUCGAGCGCCCUUUUACAUUUGUUGGCAUUGAUUAUUUUGGGCCCAUUUCCACAAUAAUUGGACGAAGACGCGAGAAAAGAUGGGGCGUAAUAUUUACGUGCCUCACCGUUCGUGCCGUGCACAUAGAGGUGGCACACAGCUUAGACACUAGCUCAUGCAUUAUGUGCAUACGGAACUUCAUAUCACGCCGUGGAAUGCCUCGAGAAAUCUAUACAGAUAACGGCACAAAUUUCAAGGCCACUGAAAAAAUUUUAUGUGAUGAAUACAAAAACAUCAACUACUCAACUGUUGCGUCCAAAUACGAUGGACUUAGAUGGAAGUUCAACCCACCGGCAGCACCGCACAUGGGAGGGGCCUGGGAAAGGCUUGUCCGAUCCAUCAAAACUAUAUUGUAUAGUAUGGCUCCAAGGAACUUCAACGAUGAAACACUGAGAUGCGCGCUAUGGGAGGUGGAAUUCUUAAUCAAUUCCCGUCCACUCACAUUUGUGUCACUUGAGUCCUGCGACGACGAAGCCAUCACCCCAAAUCAUCUUUUACUAGGCUCAACAACUGGGUACAAGCCUAUUUGCGAAAACGACAUAGACCUGCGACAGCGUUGGCAUCAAACCCAGGUGUUUGCUGAUAGAUUUUGGCAGAGAUGGGUAAAAGACUACACACCUAUGCUUGCACGACGAGGUAAGUGGUUUGAAAAACAGCCUCCUUUAGCCCCUGGUGACGUGGUUGUCAUCGUGGACGAAAACCUACCCCGAAACAGCUGGCCAAAGGGUAUCAUUGAAAGCGUAGUAACCGCGAAAGACGGUCAAGUCCGAAGAGCUAUGGUGAAAACUCAAACGGGAAUGCUAGAACGACCAACAAGCAAGAUUGCCGUCCUAGACGUCGAUAAAGGCUAAAGUAAGCUCACUCCAAAGAAGCUGCUUACGAGGGGGAGAUUGUUAUCGCCGUUUAUAAUAUUUAAAACUAUUUGUGUUGCUACUCAGCUUAUGAUUUACCGACGGCUUAGUGGGAUAUGUUGGG